AUGGGCCAGGGGCAGAAGAAACCGGUGCGAUCGCGACGAGAGUCUAUUCUGGCAUCCGGGGCUGAGUCAUUCAACUCGGUCCCUUCCACCACAACUCUUCGCUCAGUUCUCAAGAAGCGCACCAUCUCAUCGUCCUUGGCGGGUCGGGCACAGGAGACAUCAAGUCCAUGUUUGCAACGGUGUUUGCAAAGCUUGGUGGCCUGGAUGGAAUGGUUUCAGCACCUCAAGGAGCCCAGCAGGAGGUACUGUUUCGCCAGAAUGGUAGAUGGAAACAAGUUUUCAACUUUGUGCUUACUCGUGAUCCUGGCAAAUGCAUUCUUGAUCAUCAUCGUCUCGGACUACGAGCUGGGACACUUGGGCGAAGCGAUUCCUGAACACUACGAGCGGCUUGAACUUGGCCUGACGGUGUUCUAUGCCUUCGAACUCACGCUUAAGAUCAUGGUCCAUCGGAUGUACUUCUUUGUCAAUGAAGACUGGCGUUGGAACAUCUUUGACUUCUCGCUCGUGAUCUUCUCGGUAAUUGAGAUUGCCAUCUCGUCGGUGCUCGAGUCCGCGAUUGACGAGAGUGGUGAUGCGAGCUUGAAUCUGGGAUUCCUGCGUCUGCUCAGACUGACCAAGCUGGCAAAGGUGCUCAGAGUUUUUCGUACCCUGAAGUUCUUCACAGAGUUGCGCCUCAUGUUGGAUUGUGUUCUGGGCUCAUUCCUGCAAAUAUUCUGGUGCCUCGCGAUGAUUGUCUUCGUGCUCUACGUCUUCUCCCUCCUCAUAGUCCAAGGCAUAGUGGAUCUUCUGAUAUCGGAAGGUGAUUCCCUUGCAGAUGCCGACGUGAGACUGCUUGAGUACUAUUACCCGUCUGUAGGAGGAGCCCUCCUGACACUGUUCCAGUCCACAACAGCUGGCCUGGAUUGGCGGGAUGCUUUCGAGGCUCUUCAAAAAGGUUCUGAUGGUGGGCUGUUUUUAUCUCUGGUAUUUUUGGUUUACAUCAGCAUCUUCACCAUAUCGAUUUGGAACAUCGUGACAAGCACCUUUGUUGAGAAGGCGAUGAAACUGGCUAAGCCAGAUCUUGACUCGAUGCUUCUGGAGCAAAGUAUGCGCGAUCUGAAAGACACGGAAGAAUUGGAGAACCUCUUCAGACCGUAUGCCACCACAAACGCGGAAGGUGAGGAGGAAAUCUCACUCGAGGACUUACAGGAUGCAGCUGACGAGGCGGAGUUCCUUUUGUACCUCUCAGUACGAGGCAUAGACGUUAAGAAUGUCAAGCUGUUCUUCUACAUGCUUGGCUCGAUGCACAAGAACUCGGUCGUCGACUUGAAGUCACUGGUAAAAGCUUGCGUUCGAAUGAAGGGCUUUGCCACAAGCAUCGAUCUCCAGUCGGUGUCCUUUGAAGCCAAGCUGAUGCAUUCGCAAACGAAGGAUCUCUUCAAGGCACGCUUCAAUGUAGGAGCCAUCGAAAUGGCCCAGCCACGCCAAAAAAAUGCGCGCUCGUGGAACAAUAGACGCAGGCUGCGUCUGAGUGUGUCAGAUCCGGCUCCAAAUCUCAACGCAUUCUGUGAACGCUUGCAAGUCCUACUGUUAUGUGAUCUGAACGACAAUUAUGGUGGGCCACCAGGGGGCGGGCAGGGACAUAUAUGCACCAGGCAUGACAUGCCUUGA